GUGAUGAACAUCCGUGGCGCACUGACGCAUCGAGUUCAGCACCAAAACAAGCUCUGAGCCUCAUACACUCAGCGGAGUGACACAUUGUGGAGUACAGUGCCAUGCGAGGAGAGGACGUCUGUUAACAGAAAGACGCGCAGCUCUGGAUAUUGCUCUUUCCUCACCUUAGGAUAACUUGGAGAUUGGAAACGCUUCUUUUGGACGCUUUCGACGCACGGCACUAAGGAGCUAUUGAGAACUCCCUUGGAGUGGAUGAUUUAAUAUGUGUUUUAGUUUUUUCUUUCCAUUUGUUUCCAUUGGUGUAAAUCCAUAAAUCCAUCGGAAUAAGAAGGUUUUGUUGCUUUUUUGGCUGGUGACGCGGCUGCCCUGGAGAAACUAGAAGGAUGGCAGCCUGGUUCACCUUUACCGUCGCGUUCAGCACCACGUUGAUAUCACAGGUAUUUGGAUCGGGAGUUUUUGAGCUGGAUCUCCACGAAUUUAAAAACUACAGAGGUUUGCUGGCAAACGGAAACGCGUGCAAGCCCAGCUGCAGGACUUAUUUUAGAAUUUGUUUGAAGAACUAUCAGGCUGUGGUCUCGCCAGGUGACUGCAUCUUUGGAAGUACAAUGACACCAGUUGUGGGGACAAACUCUUUCAGCGCCAAGGACAGCGGCACUUUACCUAGACCGAUUCAAAUCCCCUUCAAGUAUGGAUGGCCGGGGUCAUUUUCAUUAAUAAUUGAAGCCUGGCAUUCACCUUAUGGAAAUCUACCUGUAGAUACCAACAACCCGGACUUUCUGAUAAGCUUUUUUGCCAUUCAAAGACAACUGGGUGUAGGAACUGACUGGUCGCAGAAUACACAGACCGGAAAGCAGUCUCAGGAGCUGAGAUAUUCCUAUCGGUUCAUCUGUAACGAAAGUUACUAUGGAGAAAGCUGUUCCAAAAAAUGCACACCUAGGGAUGACCGGUUUGGCCACUACACCUGCACCCGAAGUGGACAGUUAUCCUGUCUCCCUGGCUGGAAGGGGAAAUACUGCGAAGAACCAAUCUGUCUUGAGGGUUGCAGUGAGAGGAAUGGAAACUGCUCCAAACCUGGGGAGUGUGUAUGCAGAGACGGUUGGCAGGGCACCUUCUGUGACGAGUGCAGGAAGUAUCCGGCCUGCAAGCACGGUUCCUGCGAGCUGCCGUGGCAGUGUAACUGCCAGGAGGGCUGGGGGGGCCUAUUAUGUGACCAAGAUCUGAACUUCUGCACCCAUCACCAUCCCUGCUUGAACAGUGCCACCUGUAUGAAUACGGGCCAAGGGAGCUAUACGUGCACAUGCUUGCCUGGAUUUACAGGGGUUAACUGUGAACUGGAGAUGCAGGAGUGUGACAGCAACCCCUGCAGGAAUGGAGGGAUCUGCACAAAUCUGGAGAGCGGCUACAUGUGCACAUGUCCGCAAGGUUUCGAGGGCUCACACUGUGAGCACAGCCUACUGACAUGCAACGACUCCCCAUGCUUCCAUGGGGGCAAAUGCUGGGAAAAAGACAAUGGUCGCAGCUAUAUGUGCGAGUGUCCCCGCGGAUACACUGGACUCAACUGCGAGAAGAGAGUGGACAAGUGCACGUCGCUUCCCUGCGCUAAUGGUGGUCUGUGUCUGCUCCAAGGCAGUGUGCGCAUGUGUAGCUGCCGCGCAGGGUUCACCGGCCAGCGCUGCGAAAUCAACAUCAAUGAAUGUGCUGGUAACCCCUGCCUUAAUGGAGGCACCUGCCAAGACCGAAUCAACGACUACAUGUGCACUUGUCCAGCAGGCUAUGGUGGGCGCAACUGUGACAGAGUCUUGGACGAGUGUUCCCUUCGGCCAUGCCUCAAUGGGGGCUUUUGCACUGGAGGUGGCGAGCCAGGGAAGCCUCCGGCGGCCUGCACCUGCCCUUCAGGCUUCACCGGACCCAGAUGCGAAUCCUUCGCCACUUUCGAGUCUACGGGGCAGAUUGAAGAUGGCUUUCAGUGGGCAGCUGUUUCUCUGGCUGUGGGGCUGGUCGCUCUGCUCGUGCUGCUGUGCAUGGUGGGCCUGGCUUUGAGGCACAUCCACAGACAGGCAGGAAGGCUGGACGGGGAAACAGAGACUAUGAACAACUUCUCAAAUGUUCAAAGGGACAAUCUGAUCCCAGCAUCCCAGCUGAAAAACACCAACCAGAAAGUCAGUCUGGAGGUGGACUGUGAUUCAGAGAAAUCAAACUUUAUCCAUAAAAAUUAUCAUUUGGACUCUUACAACUCUAAAUCAAAAGAGUUCAAGGAUGAAAAGUCACAAGAAGAGAAACAUCUUAUUUAUGACAAGUGUUUAGAAGAUAAAAUGCCUUUGAGUAGAAUGUACAGUGAAAAGCCAGAGUGUAGAAUAUCUACAAUAUGUUCCUCACGGGACUCCAUGUACCAGUCGGUAUUUGUUAUAGCAGAAGAAAGAAGGGAAUGCGUCAUAGCAACUGAGGUAUAAACUGUGAGGGGUCAGAAAGCAAGGGAAGGAGGACGGAGACACAAUCGAGGCAGAAUAUUAUAUUCUGGAUUGUUUACAAAUGCUGAGAAGAGACUGGAGAUUGUUUUAGAUGUUCACUGCUGCUCUGGAACACUAAAGAACGGGAGAGGGCAGAGACUUCUGCUCUGAAAACAAACUCAACAAAAAAUAAACAAAAACACACACAAAAAAAAAGACGCAGAACUGAGAAAAUUUAUGUUGACCGAGUGUUUAUAUGCAAAGCAUGUACAGUGAAGGACCUCUCAGUUUUAAAGAGACUGACUACACGAGGUGAAAUGCUUGUUUAUAAUCUCGGCCAACCUGGACAGUAAAAAGAGGCAAAGGUGGACCUUUGCCCCUCGUACCUGACCCCUGGCCUUGUUUGAUAAUCAAGAUGACUCUGACAGCCAACCAAUCUGUGAAAAAGGUGCCUAAGAUUUGACCCCUCCAAAUCGUCCCCUCCUCCCCAACACUCACUCCUGCCAGCUUCGCCUGCUAUGCAAGACUCAGGGUCGAGAUGAGUGAACUCACCCCGCUGUCACAAUCCAGUCUCACCAACAAUAAAAAAUAUGAAUGUCUGAAACUAAUCCUCAACUGUCACUCAUGUGAAAAUGACUGAUUGGACUUGUCAGCAUGAGGGUGGAGAACGUAUGCAGCCCAAAAUCACUAGAAGCCUUAAAAGAGGGGGGUUUUAAAAGCUAAAUUUGUGCCCUUGUCUGUUCUUGGAUCAUUUGCACUACAAGACGACGAAGAAAGAGACGAAAAGCGUGGGGAAAGUACUUUUUAAUCAACAGGGAUUUGAAAAAAGAGAACCAUAGGAGCCCAACAGUCAGUGCAGUGCCAGCAAGAUCCAAGAGAAAGUGCGCAUUUUUUUUUUUUUUAUGCAACCCAACUAAAAACAAAGAGACUCAAAACAAGGAGAAAACACACCACUGCCUGCCUAUAAGAAAUUUCAAAAGUACAGAACCAAUAAUGUAAUUUUUUUUAAAUGAUUAUUUCCAGAGUUUAAUUUAAAUAUGACACACUGCUCUUUAUAUGUUUUAUAACAUUAUUUUGUAUAUAAUGCAUAUUUAUAAGGACCAAACUUCUGAAGAAUAAAACUUCCUUGAAAACUGUUUUGUCAGUAAAUGGAAAAAGAAAUUAAAAAGUGUUUUUAAAUAAU